AUGGCUGAGAGCUCAGAGAAAGUACCCAUCGCCUCCGAGGGACCCGAGGACCUGCAGGACUUCAUGCCUCCGGCUUAUUCCACAGUGACGGUGAAAGCUCCCCCCACCGGGCGGCUCCUGAAGGCCGGGGGGGCCGUGCUGGUAGCUGGGGCCCUGCUGCUGCUGCUGGGGGCCGCUGGGGCCUUCUACUUCUGGAACAACAAUGAAAGACAUGUCUACAACGUCCACUACAGCAUGAGCAUCAAUGGUAGAGUGGAGGAGGGCUCCAUGGAGAUCGACUCCACCGACAACACGGAGAGGUUCAGCACCGGCAGCGGCGCCGACGAGGCGGUGGAGGUCCACGACUUUGAGAUCGGGAUCACAGGGAUCCGGUUUUCAGGUGGAGAGAAGUGUUACAUCAAGACGCAGGUGAAGGCUCGGCUCCCUGACGUGGACACGCUCAACAAGGAGUCGGUGACCUUUGACCUGGAGGAUGAGGUGAUGCCAGCUAAAUUUGAGGACGAUCUGAUCUGGGUGGUGGCUGGCGCGCCCCUGACCGACUCCACCUUCCUCAGCAGCAAGAUUAAGGACCUGUGUGGAGACCUGCCCAUCUUCUGGCUCCGUCCCACCUACUCAACCAGCGGGAGGAGGAAGAGGAGCGCUGCCCCCCGUCAGCGCCGCCAGGCAGACGUGCAGGGGGGGGAUGACUACGAGGAUGUGGAGGCUGAGUUCAACCCGGAGAACCCCUAUCACCGAGGACUGGAGGGUGAGCAGGGCACCAUGGACAUCGACCCCAUGCUGGACCACCAGGGCGUGUGCUGCAACGAGUGCCGCCGCAGCUACACCCACUGCCAGAGGAUCUGCGAGCCCCUGGGGGGGUACUACCCAUGGCCAUACCACUACAGAGGCUGCAGGGUGGCCUGCAGAGUCAUCAUGCCCUGCAAGUGGUGGGUGGCACGCAUUCUGGGCCUGGUGUGAGCCUCCUCAGCUCACCUGAGGGGGGUGGGGGUACUUAUUCACAUCUAUUGCAGGUAGUCCAGUCUGAGCAGGUCUGUACAGACAGAAGUGGGGGCGUUCAGGAAAGCCUGCAGGGUUCAAAUCUCACAAAGCAGCGACUGAAUUUAGAGAUUUAAACUUUUCUUCAACACUGAUGACGUC